CGUCCGUCCGCCUGUCCCAUCCCGGCCCGGCUCGGCAUGGAGGAGCGGGCGCUGCCGCUGCCACUGCCGGUGCGGGCAGCGGAGGCGCUGCCGCUGCGGGCGCGGCUGAGCUUCGCGGCCGGGCACUUCCAGAAUGACGCCUGCGCCGCGCUGUGGUUCACGUACCUGCUGCUGUUCCUGCACAGCGCGCUCGGCUUCGGGCACCGCGCCGCGGGCGCGCUGCUGCUGGCGGGGCAGCUCGCGGACGGGCUCUGCACGCCGCUGCUCGGCUACGAGACAGACCGCUCCGCCGGCUGCGGCCGCUACGGCAGGAGGAAGUCCUGGCACCUCGCCGGCACCACAUGCGUCCUUGUGUCCUUCCCCUUCAUCUUCAACCCCUGCCUGGCCUGCAAGGAGAACACGCCACAGUGGGCAGCCUUCAUCUACUACCUCCCCUUCAUCAUCAUCUUCCAGUUUGGCUGGGCAGCCACACAGGUCUCCCACCUCUCCCUCAUCCCUGAGCUGGUGACCAGUGACCAUGAGAAGGUGGAGCUCACAGCUUUCCGGUAUGCCUUCACCGUCAUGGCCAAUAUCACUGUGUACGGCCUGGCCUGGCUCCUGCUGAACUUCCAGGUGGACCAGCCUGAACGCAUAGAGCACUUAGGCCCCCAGGAUAUCCCUAUAUUCCGGAACCUGUCCCUCAUUGUGGUGGGACUGGGGGCUGUGUUCUCCCUCAUCUUCCACCUGGGCACCAAAGAGAAGCCGUACCCAUGGGGCUCAUCAGCCCAGCCAGAGGAGAGCACUCCCCUACUUCAGAAGGAGCCGAGCCCUCUGCGUCCGCUGCUGAUCUGGAGGGACUGGCUGUGGGAACCUGCCUUCUAUCAGGUCGCGGUGCUCUACAUGUCCACCCGGCUCAUCGUCAACCUCUCCCAGGCCUACAUUGCCAUGUACCUGACCAACUCGCUGAUGCUGCCCAAGAAAUAUAUCGCCACCAUCCCCCUGGUGAUGUAUGUCAGUGGCUUCCUCUCCUCCUUCCUCAUGAAGCCUGUGAAUAAGUGGUUGGGUCGAAAUCUGACCUACUUCGUGGGCAUCCUGGUGAUCCUCACCUUCGCCUCCUGGGUGACCCUGGUCAAGCAGAUGGGAGCAGAGAUCUACGGGGCGGCCGUGCUGCUUGGGGCUGGCUCUGCCACCAUCCUGGUCACCUCCCUCUCCAUGACCGCAGACCUCAUCGGCACCAACACGCACAGCAGCGCGUUCGUCUACGGCGCCAUGAGCUUCACGGACAAGAUGGCCAACGGCCUGGCCGUGAUGGCUAUCCAGAACCUGCACCCGUGCCCGUCCGAGCUCUGCUGCUCUGAGUGUGCCAGCUUCUACCACUGGGUGAUGGUGGGGGUCACCGGAGGUGUUGCCGUCGCCGCCAUUGCCUCUCUCUGCUGCAUCAUGGUGUGGCCAAUCCACAUCCGCUACCAUGCCGUCUGCCUGCGGGGGCUGAGCAGAGCGGGGACCUCCUGCAGCGGGACUGAGAGCGCAGAGGGCGGGGGCCGCACCACCAGCAUCAACUGAACCAGGGCCGUGUCCUGCACCGUGAGCUCUGCUGAGGCGACCCCGCUGCG